CUUACUACUAUGUCUUCCAAAAUGAUGGUGGUUAGAAAAGGGAGCCUAAAUUGAUGCACAUUUCAGUAGCACCCUUGUUGGAGUCGCUGUCACAUGAAUUCUUUGGACAUAUAUGGAGAAAACGAACCAAAACGGCAUGAAUGAAUUAAUUGAUCAAGAUUCCCCAUUGUUUCCUGAGAAGACUUUAUUAUUCUGAUUAAGGAGUUUGAACUUCACUGGGGAAAAUAGCAGCUCUGCCUUUGCUUCCCACUUUUAGCUUUUGAAAUAUAACUGAAAAAGUCUCAGAAAACUUUCCAAGUCCCUGAAGACUGAUGGAUCCACUGUACACAAAAGCAAACUAUCCAAGUCCCUGAAGAGUGGCGGACCACUGCACACAAAAGCAAACAUUUCUUCUAUGUGAGCCAACCCAACCCCCCAAAAAAACCCCAAAACAAAACAAAACAAAAAAACACUCUGCCAAACAUCUGUAAAGAGAUGACUAUCAUCACAUAGGAAUUUGAGGGGCUGCUGUAUGGCAUGAGCCAAAUGGCAAAGAAUCAACUGUUAUAAUGUCCCAGAAGGCCUUCUAAUAAAUAAACAAGUAGGAUUAUAACAGCUUGUCAUCUGUGCUUGAAUGCUAGAAUACUAUGUAGUUACUGUAAUCCAAGGUAAACAUGAAGAUAGUUCUUUGAGAAGUCCCAAAUCAUAUGUAGAGGCUUGGAAACGUACAACAAAAAGAAAGUUAUCUUAUAUUCAGUAUCUGCAACUCAUUGAAAAUCCAUCAUUUAGAAGAGACAGCAGUUGAUCAUGAAUUAAGUUUCUGAAUCACCGUAAGGCAAAGAUAGUUUUAUCUAAAAAGAAUCAUGCCUGCUAAUGACACAUGUACUGGACCAGAUAGAGAUGAUAUACAUUUUCGUUACUUUAUCUAUGCAGUCACAUACACUGUCAUCCUUGUUCCAGGUCUUAUAGGGAACAUACUAGCCUUGUGGAUAUUUUAUGGUUAUAUGAAAGAAACCAAACGGGCUGUGAUAUUUAUGAUAAACUUAGCCAUUGCUGACUUGCUACAAGUUCUAUCUCUGCCAAUGAGGAUCUUUUACUACUUGAAUCAUGACUGGCCAUUUGGACCUGGCUUCUGCAUGUUUUGUUUCUACCUGAAGUAUGUUAACAUGUAUGCAAGCAUCUACUUUUUGGUCUGUAUCAGUGUGCGACGAUUUUGGUUUCUCAUGUAUCCCUUACAUUUCCAUGAUUUCAAACAGAAAUAUGACCUAUACAUCAGUAUUGUUGGCUGGCUGAUUAUCUGCCUCGCCUGUCUACUCUUCCCUCUCCUUAGAACCAGUGAGGACACUCCUGGCAAUAGAACCAAAUGCUUCGUGGAUCUACCUACCAGAAAUGUCAGUCUGACCCAGUCUGUUGCCAUGAUGACUGUGGGAGAGUUGAUUGGGUUUGUAACUCCUCUUCUGAUUGUUCUGUAUUGUACCUGGAAGACAGUUUUAUCACUGCAAGAUAAAUAUCCUGUAGCUCAAGAUCUUGGAGAGAAAAAGAAAGCCUUGAGGAUGAUUCUAACCUGUACAGGGGUAUUCCUAAUUUGUUUUGCACCUUAUCACUUCAGUUUUCCUUUUGAUUUCUUGGUAAAGUCCAAUGAAAUUAAAAGCUGCCUAGCUAGAAGGGUAAUUUUAAUAUUUCAUUCAGUCGCUCUUUGUCUUGCUAGUCUGAACUCUUGCCUUGACCCAGUUAUAUACUACUUUACAACUAAUGAGUUCAGAAGAAGGCUUUCAAGGCAAGAUUUGCAUGACAACAUCCAACUCUAUGCAAAAACCUUUGUGAGUAACCAUACCACUUCAACCAUGGCAACUGAAUUAUGCUAAAAAAAAAAAAGAAAAUUUGAAUGUGGCCUGAAAUACAAAUAUAUCAGAAGCAUUUUCAUUACCCAAGCCACAGGAAAGUACUCACAGAAAACACAGAUUUUUUAGUUAUUCUAUCUUACCUAUAUGAAGAAUUCACAUUUUCUUAACAAGACCUAUUUGAAGCAUUAUGCACCACCGUCAUUGACGUUGACAUAUUCAUUAGUAAUUUGCCAUCAAGUCUUUAAGACAAACUGUUAAAUUUCAGUGACACCCUAUGGACAUAUGUUCUCAACUAGACUCAGUAGUUUUAACUGUGAACCUAAGGCACAGAGAAAUUAGUAGCUUGAAGAAACUAUAAUCACUUAAACUUCUUACAAAAGACAAUGAGUCUUUGUAUUCAGAGGAAAUAUAGUUAUCUAUUUAUAUUGUUAAUCACAGUUUACAUUCCAAUAUCAUAUAUUUGGUUGUAUUUUCAGUAGGAUAGACAAUAUGUUAUGUUAUGCAUACAAAAUGUUAUAAACAUAGGAUCAAUUUUAUCUCCCGUGUAUGAUUAUACUUCAGGAUUUGAAAACUCAAUUAGCUAUUUUCUUCAUUUCAGUGUUAACAUGAAACAUUAUCUAUCACACCUAUUCAUAGCAUUAAAAUAUGAAUUCAGGCCUUUAGUAUGUUCAAACUAAGAGCAAUGCACAGAUUUCUAUACCAUAAUCCUCAGUGACUACAUUAGAUGUCAUAUUGCAUCUACCCAAGGACAAGAGGUUUUCCAAAGUCCAUGCAAGGUGACCCAAAUGACUUCUAGGCCCAGGAUAAGGAAAAUAGAUGACAAUCACAGUUCUUAAACUAUUUUUACCCAUGGAGAUGUAUAGACCUACCUAGUAGAGGGAGUUUUAACCACGCUUCUAGAGUAACAAUUAAGUAACUCUGACAGGUUACUGUAAUCGCUAAGCCUGUGGAAGAGUAGUGUACUAAUAAAUCACUAUGCUUAAGCCAGAGUGGAAAGAUGAAAAAAAGUUGGGAAAGCAUCUUAAAGUCCUCACCAUAUUAUAUUUCUUGGUCUAAACAAGGGUCACCUGUCCUAGUCUGUCAAGCCACCUAACACAAAGCAUUGUAGGUCUCUCUGCCCCAUCACUGUACUCAGUCAGUCACAUAGACCCUAGAGUCUGCAUUGAUUUUGGUCCAUCUCCACCCCAGCCAUACAUACAAUUCUGAAGCCUGCAUAACCUAUCUCCUAGCAGUUGGGUAGGCAAGUCUUUCACUUUUUGAGAACAGUAAAUUUUUCAGCUUUGGGCACCCAACUUUCAAAGACUUGCUUGCUACCUGCUUUGUACUAUUAUUUAGGAAACAGACCUAAGGUCAGAGUAAUAGUUAAAUUUCAGGUUGUAAGCCUUAGAAUACUUUGAAAGAUGUUUUAGCAAAAAGCUCUAACUUUAAAUAAUGCUCUAUUUAAAUAAAAUCUUUGUGCUAUAUAAUAAAGACAUGUUCUACUUCUCAUCUGUAAGGAAUGUAGAAACCAAUAAAGGGCUUUAUCAUAUUUAGAGGGUGGGGUUUGUUUUAGUCAUACAGUUAUGGUACUAAUAUGUUUGGGAAAAAUGGUUAAAUUUAAAAUGAGUUAUAAUAUCUAAGAUUAAUAGAAAGUUUUCUAAAGUUUUCUCUGGAAAAGUGUUGAGUUUGCUUGUACUUUUAUAUUAAGAAAAUACCCUGUAAGAAAACUGACUUGGUGCUGCUAGAACAGUAUAUCUAUUUAUAUCCUAAUUAUUUAUUGUAACAUACAAAGUUUUAUGUAUUAAAUAAGUUUUAAAUGAGUAUUAAAUUGUGUUUUUGAAAGGGCUUUGUAUUUUACUAUAAUUUAGCAUUGUAAUAGGAUUUCAAGUAAUAAUUUUGUGGAAUUGUGAACCAACUAUGGAUACUUGUAAUGAAAGAGUAUUGUCUGUAUUGUAUAUGCUUACUAUUUUCUAUAUUAACAUGAAUUCCAUUUCUUAGGUCACUUUGGAAGACCACUUUUUAAAUUUUAUUAAUAUGUUGUUUUCAUUUUAAAAAUAUUUUUUUUAAGGAGAGGGGAAAUAUUUCCAGGAGGUUAUUGACUUUCUUAAAGGAAUUGUUGAGGGUUGAGACUAUUUGUUAGACAACCAAUUUACGUCCUUCAGAGAGAGGACAAGUGUUCAAGGCUCUUAUGCUAUUGAGCUAAGGUCACCCCUUCUCCCCCAAGCCUGCCCUUCUGGGUUUGUAUUCAGUGCUCUGAUUUAAUUUAUCCCCUCCUCCAACCCCAGUAAUAUGUUUUGUCUUCUGUCCUGUUCCCUUGCUCUUCUAGGCAAUAAUCUGAUCAACUCAUUCACAUUAAGGUACUAAUGACUAAUAUCAUGUUAAUGUUGACUUACCCAGGGGUAUCUGAAUUUCAGGUUUUAGGACUAGACAUUAAUUCAAGGCAGUGACUUUCAAUAUACACAUUGAAGCAGAGUGUAGAGAAAAAAUAUUUUAAAGAAUGUGGGUGCUUUUCAGAUUUCAUAUAGGAAGUGACUAUCUCCUUUGUUUACCAUAAUGGGAAUAUUAAUUUUAAGAAAUAUAGCCAUAAAAACAUGGCUAUAAAUAGAUCUGUUUAAUUUUUAAUUUUUGUUUUCUUUUUCUUUCUUUCUUUUUCUCCCUUUCUUCUGUCCAAUUCCGGAUCUAAUUUCCAGGGGAACGUCUAAACUGGGAGAGAAGUACUGCUGCCAGCUACUAUCCAGACAGACGCCUUUUCUCUGAGCUUCUUUAUUCCUUGGGGAUUCUUCUCUCCAGACCUCUCAUUUAUCACUCUCUAGGUUUCAUUAAAUUGAGGUGCAAAGAGUAAACACCUUUGACCAUAGUAAUGUACAGUUCAAGAUAAAUAACUCUGCAUUUCCUAUAUAAAGUUGUUUAAAUAUUUAUUUAAAAAUGUGCACAUAAUUAUUCCAAUAGGAAACAUUGUGAAUAUGGGGUUAUUCCCAUGGUAAUAUUAUUGUAAUUAUUGUUAUUAUUAUUAUAUUCUGAUAGUUGUUUCCAUUGUCACUCAGUUAAGCAGAUAAUUCAAUUACCUGGUAAUUCCAUGAAGAAGAACCAUCUGCUCAGGACCAACAGACCAGUUUACCUUAGUCUGAAAGUGUGCAUCAAUGGAAAUCCUAUGCAACUUGAUUUUUAUGUCACCUUUCUGUUUUUAUUUCCAUGAUACUAUGAAAAUAUCACACUUGAAAUUCAUUUACAACUAUAAUUUAUAAUAUACAUUUCAAUAAUAAAGAUUGUCUCUG